GAGUACGGAGUAGUGGCCAUUGGUUGGGAUGAGUACGGAGUAGUGGCCAUUGGUUGGGAUGAGUACGGAGUAGUGGCCAUUGGUUGGGAUGAGUACGGAGUAGUGGCCAUUGGUUGGGAUGAAUACGGUGUAAUGGCCAUUGGUAGGGAGGAGUAUGGAGUAGUGGCCAUUGGUUGGGAUGAGUAUGGAGUAGUGGCCAUUGGUUGGGAUGGGUAUGAGUAGUGGCCAUUGGUUUUAGCAGUUAGUAGAUCAUUAGUGAGGUUUAGUAGGGCAGUUCAGUGGAGUGUAGGGAGGGGAAGGCACCAGUAGAGAGGGAGAGAUUGAAGAUGUGAGUGAGGGAACAUAGGAUGGAA